GAACUUUGUGUUGACAAGAUUGUCAGUUAAUCAUUUACAAAUCAAUAUUGUCUGUAUGGACAACAAUUUAAAAAGAAAAAAAAAAGAAAAAAAGUGAACAUGUAAAGCUGCGGUGUUUAGCGAUGUGAUUGAAAAAUUUGGCUAAAAGUUAGUCUAGAGCCCUGGCUGCGAUCCUAUUUUUUAAUCUUUAAGUAGCAGUAAUAGUUAAUUAAACAACAAUAAUAAUGUUAACAAAAAGAUCAGGCCGAUAUUAAUGGAUUCAUGGCAUUUCUCAACAACAGUGCUCUGUUUGGUGGCAGAUGGCUGCAUAACAUUUAGGACAGAACAAUUUACAAUUUAUUGGUAAAUUCACUUUAUCAAUAAAAUGAUAAAAAUCAUUUUAUAAAUAAAAUGGUUACUAGUACAUCUGAAACCAACAAUAGCAAUGAUUAUUUGACUAGUUCACUAAUUUUACACACACACACACACACACACACACACACACACACACACACACACACACACACAUCUAAUAAGUGAUAUUGUUUCCAUCCCAGCUGGAGAAGGAGCUGACCUAUAAAAAGUUUGUGGCUUGGACUCAUCCAGGCAAGAUGCAAACAUGUUACAUUGAUGUGAGGCUGCCUCAGUUUACACUGGAGGAGACGUAUGACCUGAACACAGUCCUGAGCAGCAUGAGCAUGGUGGACGUCUUUGAUCACACAAAGUGUGACUUCUCUGGCAUGUCUGGGCACAAAGAUCUGGUACUUUCAAAAGUCAUCCACAAGGCUUUUGUGAAGGUCCACGAGAAGGCAACUGAGGCUACUUUUGAAGCUAUAGAAAUAGCCAACAUCUGCUGAUUUACUCCUCAACCUCUCUCUUCAUAAAAGGUCUGUAUAAAUGUUCUCUAACUAGGCUAAGAACUCUCUCCACCCAACAUGUCCCAUAUACUUGUGCAGGUGUGAGAGGACAGUUUGUUUGUACUACAAAUGGCAGGGAGAAAAACUUGCUUUCCACCUGGAGUCGUUCUGUGGUGAAGGUCAUUCUGCACAUGCAGCCUGCUCCAUUCUCUUGACAGUUUAUCUUGUGGUCUGUUACGACACAACUCUUUUCAAAUGUCCUACAUUCCUCAUCAGUUUAGGUCUUUAUGCUGCUCAUUUGCCAGCUCUACUCGCAAGUAAUCCACUAGAUCCCCUUUUUGGACUGUUCUAGUUGUCACACACACACAAACAUAAACACAAACAAACA